CAUUGCAACCAGGAGAAGAAAUGAAUGGCAUUGUGCUUUAUAUUACAUGAGGAUGAGUGUCGGGUAAACACUGUUUAGUUUUAUAUUUUCAUCAUCCAUGCUUUCGAGGAGGCCUUGAACGCAGCACUAGUCCUGUUCCUGCAGAGACUCCGGUCCCGUUCUUGUGCCGACCCGGACUCCAUGUUGUUCCGACAAGCCACGGAGCGAACAAGUGCCCUGGCCGAAAACUCUCACGUUGCAACUCUGUGUGUGUGCGAGAAGUAAAGUGUGUGUGUGUGUGUGUGCGUGCGCGCGUGUGUGACUGUGUUGACCCUCCGAAAGAAGAUGGCAGACUACCGGGACGACACCGGAGCUCGAGCCCUGCUUGCUUUACAGUCAGCACCAUGCAGUCCCGUGCGCGUCUCGGUGACCUCGCACGCCUAUCACCAACCCUCGCUCGCCCUCUUGGGUCCUCCGAAGAUGGAAGCCCGCGCCGACGGCGGGAUUCUUCCCGUCCGCCUCGCUUGUCCUCCUCCGCAGGCCCUGGCCAGACUCGAGGGCCGGGGCUUUGAGUUUGUCAUGCGCCAGAGGACGGUCACUAUAGGCCGGAACUCGUCUCACGGCUCCGUGGAUAUCAACAUGGGUCACUCUAGUUUCAUUUCACGGCGACACCUGCAGCUCACCUACGACGAGGCGAGCGGCUUCACCCUGCGGUGCUUGGGGAAGAAUGGCGUGUUCGUUGACGGGGUGUUCCAGCGGAGAGGGGCGCAGCCGCUGCCGCUACCCAGAGAGUGUGUGUUUCGUUUUCCCAGUACGGUAAUCAAGAUCCAGUUUAUGUCACUCCUGGAGCCUGAGGAACACAGAGAGAUGGAGCAGCCCUCUCUUCCCCCUCGCACGCUUCUGGCCCAAAUGUCCCCCCUCAAAAUUAGCAUUCCCACAAUGCAGCAGCACGAAGAGCACAUCAAAUCGUUCGGCUCUCCGCAGCCCUCGCCCACAGGCACCCUCAGUGUUCCUAACUCCUGUCCUGCAAGUCCUCGAGGGGCAGGGUCAUCAGGGUAUCGCUAUGGACGUAACGUGACCUCUGACCUCCAAUUAGCAGCUGAAUAUGCUGCCAAAGCCGUUUCUGAGCAGAGACGAAGCAUUGCUGAGCAGAGAAGUGGGGGAAGUGAGCAGCGGGGGGAGUCGGCUGGUGGAGACAGCCCCAAGGAUGAGUCCAAGCCACCUUAUUCCUAUGCACAGCUGAUCGUCCAGGCCAUCUCGUCUGCGCCAGACAAACAGCUGACUCUCAGUGGCAUCUAUGCCCACAUAACCAAACACUACCCCUACUAUCGCACUGCAGACAAGGGCUGGCAGAACUCAAUCAGACACAACCUAUCUCUCAACCGCUACUUUCUAAAAGUGGCUCGCUCUCAGGAUGAGCCUGGUAAAGGGAGUUUUUGGCGUGUGGAUUCUGCCUCUGAGAGCAAGCUGGUGGAGCAAGCCUUCAGGAAAAGACGGCAAAGAGGGGUGGCUUGCUUUAGGACACCGUUUGGACCUCUCUCUUCUAGAACAAAAAGUGCUCCUGCAUCCCCGACCCACCAGGGACUUCUUUCUCCUCCAUCCAGCGGGCUGCAGACUCCUGAAUGUCUGAGCAGGGAGGGCUCGCCUCUCUCCCACGACCACCAUGAACAGCUGGCUAACAAACUGGCAUCUGUACCUGAGUAUAGGUACUCUCAGAGUGCCCCAGGAUCUCCAGUCAGUGCUCAGCAUGUCAUCAUGGCUGCACCCGCUCACCCAACAAUCCUGCCCUCUGGCCUGGGGAAAACCCUUGCUUUAGUUCCAGGUGGCGGCGGCCAAAUCCAGCCCAUCCACAUGCUCCAGAGCGCCCCUCAGUCCUCUGUCACUAUGGUGCGGGUGGUUACCAGCGGCCCCUUAACUUCCAACCCUCCGAAUGGGUACAGCUCCCCCUCUGUUGGAGGACCAGAGGGCAACAGUGAGCUCAGAGAAGCUCAGCUGAACAGAGAGCGAGUGAUCCAGACUGUGGACAGUGCGGUGCAGGGCGGGGAGGGGCGGAACGUUACCCCCGGUUUACAUCAACUUCCUGUUCGUCCUGUUACCCAGAAUGGCAAACACACCACUGCUGUUGUCGCCACAGCAACCAGCCUUGCUAAUGCAUCUGGUCUGAGUAGUCCUCUCCAGAUCUUGGCUGCCCAGGCCUCCAGCUCCCCUCCAGUGCUGGUGAGCAGACAGCCCAGUGCAGAAACUUUAGCUGAGCAACCAGGCGAGCCCCAGGCCAAGCGGCCAAAGAUGGAGGACGAGGGUGGGACUGAAUCUGCUCAGCAGCAAGUCACACCUGCCCAGCAGCCUGUCAUCGUUGCCAUGACAUCACAAACCCACGACCCUAGGAAGUAAAACCCAGGGCCUCUUACCAGGUACCCAAUGGACAGCCUCAUCGUCGCCUAACUGCUUCGCCUUUUAUACUCAUUUGAUAUGACUGCAGCCGACAUGGCCAAAAAAUGUACAGGCAGCCUCUCUCAACAGAAGGGAAUUCAAUUGUAAGGAACAUGUAUUUUGGUCAAAAAAAUAAAUGAUUGAAUAAACUCUCAAAUACAUUCUGAAUGUAAAAAGCAAUUAAAGAUUUCAGGACUUUUUCAGCUUUACACUCUUUUUAAUGUAAUCCAUCAUUCACUGACGACACCAACAAGGACGUUAAGCUUAUGAGAGCAUUAUGCAUAUUAAAAUCAUUUCAGCACUACUUUUAUUAUGUGAAUGUUAGAUAAUAUCUCGGAUACAAACCUUUCCUCUAGUUGAUGGAUCAGAUGCAUCAGUCACUCUCAGGCCAAAGAACUCACCUCUCCUGCACUUCCGAUUAGAGUCACUGCCUGAUUUCUUUUUUUUUUUUUUUUUUUAAAACCAGGGAAUGUGUGUUCAGAGAUAUGAAAUGGUCGGCAUUUACAGAUGAAACUGUGAUGAUCAGAGUUGAUAUUUUGUGUACUUUCACACAGCCGUGGACAGAAAGAGAGCUGACUUGGCUGCAUUGACCCAGACCAGGUUAAAAAAACAGGGCUUGGGAGACUGUAAAGAAUAUGAUUGUACUCUUUUAAAGGCAAUCCUUGCAGAUAAAAACAGGUUGUCGCUUAGAGAAAAAAAGAAAGAAAAGAUGUUAAUAUUAAGGCCUAGACCAGAAUGUGAGGUGUCUCUUCUGUGUAAAGCACAAAAAGAAAAGGGGGGAUUUUGUUUUGAAAGAAGAGAUCAGAGGAAAAAACAAGCCAGGACUUCAGUGUAAAGCUCCUCAGAUACAAUACAACCUGGGUGAUUGGACAACAGAGAUGGAGCAGAAAAGGGCAAUAAAAAAAAA